CAAUUGGGUUUUAGUUGUUAUUUUAUGUAUAUGGAUGUUUUCUAGUAUUUGUGUUUUUACACCCCAUUCAUGCAUUGUGACCAGGGUGUCUGGUAGAUAAUGUCUGAACCCCUGGAACUGGAGUGACAGAUAGUAGUGACCUUCCAUACAUAACUUGAGUGCUCUGGAAAAGCCUUCAGAACUAAUAACUGCUAAGGUAUUUUCUAACCCAAGUUUUCAGUUCUUAAUAAUAUUUCCUGUCCAAGGCAGACUAGUCAAUGGGUCAGUCACCUGCUGUUGAUCAAAAAGUGAAAUUCUCCUCCCUGUGAGAGAAUUAGCCUCAGAAAGGGAUGAGUUCCUUAACUGUUUAUUGAAUAGAAUAUGUUCAACCCUGAUACCAUAUACAUGCAAUGAACAAAAAUGAACUCAGACAGUUGUAUUCCUAUAUUUCAGCCUAUGUAUUCAUGCAUACUUAACAAGAAAGAAGUUUGAAGGGAAAUAUAUGAAAAAGUAUAGAUUGAACACAACAAAGAGGGAAAGUAUAUACUAGCUUUUUAUUAUAAACAUAUAGAAAUAAAGUUGAAAUAAAAAAGUGCAGCUAGGGAGGUCACUCAGCUAUUAAGAGCACUGGUUAUUGUUACAGAGGACUCAGGUUGCCUUCCUAGAACCCACAUGAUAGCUAACCAUUUGCUGUAACUCCUGGACAUGGCAUCUGCCACUUUAUUCUGGCCUAUGUAUAUAAUGUGCACAAACUCAUGCAGGCUAAACACCCAUAUAACUAAUUAAAAUAAAGGUUAAAAAAAGAAAAGAAUGGAAUUCUCUGCAGUGAUGUCAGUGCCCUAAGACAGCAGCCAGGGAUAGUUAAAACGAACUCCUACUGGUCCUACAUGGAUGUAGCUGUGGCCUUCCUCUGAGCCAGCUUGCUCAGAGGCAAAAUAAGCCUAGUUCUGAUGUUACACUAGCUCACUAGAACCAUCCAACUAAGAGCAGCAACCACAGUUCUGGAAAGUGACAUUUCCUUCAUAUUUUCUCUAUUGUGUUCUCUGUCCUUUGUAUUUGUGAGAAUUGUGGCAUUUGUGAGAAUUGUGGCACUGGUACGUCUAUCUUUUAGAUCAAACAUCAAGAUUCACAGGUAGCAUAGGCUCCAAAGCAAUCUACUUUUACAGUGUCAUUUAAUUGAUUUUCAGCUAAGACCUGUGGUUCAAGAUGAAUAUGCCAGUCUUUUCUUCAUGUUUAUAAUUUAUACAUGUUCCAGCAUGAUUUUGAGAAUGCAGUGACCUAUGAUGAUGUGCAUGUCGACUUUACUUGGGACGAGUGGGCUUUGCUGGAUCCUUCCCAGAAGAGUCUCUACAAAAAUGUGAUGCUGGAGACCUACAGGAACCUCACUGCUAUAGGCUACAAAUGGGAAGAACAUAAUAUUAAUGAAAAAUUUCAAAGAUCUAGAAGAAACAGAAGGCAUGAAAGAAGUCACACUGGAGAGAAAUCCUAUGAAUGCAAUCAAUGUGGUAAAGCCUUCUCACAGCAGAGCAAUCUCCAAAUACACAGAAGAACUCAUACUCAAGAGAAACCCUAUGAAUGUAAUCAUUGUGGGAAAGCCUUUGCCCGUUACACUCAUCUUCAAAGCCAUAAAAGAAUUCAUACUGGAGAGAAACCCUAUGUAUGUAAUCAGUGUGGUAAAGCUUUUUCACAACAGAGUCAUCUCCAAGUUCAUACAACAAUUCAUACUGGAGUGAAACCUUAUGAAUGUAAUCAGUGUGGGAAAGCUUUUGCAUGUUACAGUUAUCUUCAAAGUCAUAAAAUAAUUCAUACUGGAGAGAAACUCUAUGAAUGUAAUCAGUGUGGGAAAGCUUUUGCACGUAACAGUAAUCUUGAAAGGCAUAAAAUAACUCAUACAGGAGUAAAACCAUAUGAAUGUAAUCAAUGUGGGAAAGCCUUUUCUCGACAGAGUUAUCUCCAAAUACAUAAAAGAACCCAUACUGGAGAGAAACCCUAUGAAUGUAAUCAAUGUGGGAAGGCCUUUUCACGACAGAGUUAUCUCCAAAUACAUAAAAGAACCCAUACCGGAGAGAAACCCUAUGGAUGUAAGCAAUGUGGUAAAUCUUUUGCAGAUUACACUUACAUUAGAGUACAUGAAAAAAUUCACACUGGAGUGAAACUAUAUGAAUGUAAUCAGUGUGGGAAAGCCUUUUCACAACAGGGUUAUCUCCAAGUUCAUAAAAGAAUUCACACUGGCGAGAAACCCUAUGAAUGUAAUCAAUGUGGAAAAACUUUUGCACGUCACAGAAAUCUUCAAAGACAUAAAAGAAUUCAUAUUGGACAGAAGCCCUAUGAAUGUAAUUAAUGUGAGAAAACCUUUUCACAAGAGAAUCAUCUCCAAGUUCAUAAAAAAACUCAUCUGGGAGAGAAAACCUAAAUCUAAGCAACCUGGUAAAGCUUUUGCAUGUCACAGUUACCUCAAAGGCAUGAAAGAAUUCAUAUUGGAGAGUAACCCUAUGAGUGUAAUCAGUGUCAUAAAGUCUUUGCAUUUCACCAUAAUCUUUGAAACCAUGAAAGAGUUCAUCAAGGAAUAAAACCUGUAGCGUUUAAUCAAUCUGUUAAAGUCUUCAUAUAUUAGAGCAGUUUUUGAGGACACAAAAGAACUAACACUGAAGGGGAAUCUGUGAGUAUAAAGGAUUUGGUAAGAUCUUUAGCCAACAAGCUUACAUUUAGUUACUCAAGGUUAUUCAUUGAGAUAAAAUCUGACAAGUGUCAACAAUCUGUUCAAGCAUUAAAAUCUCCUUUUUUAUUUUGUUUUCCCCUACUAACUCAUGGAUAAAAGCCCUGUGGAUUUAAUUAGUAAGGCAACCUUUUAGAUAUCAUACUUUUCUUCAAUUAAAUAAAAUAACUCAUCCAGGAGUAAAACUUUAUGGAUGUAUACUAGUCUUUUCCUGUGAUAAAACACAAUGUCUAAGGCAACUUAAAAAAAAGAGCUUAAUUUGGCUUAUGGUUCCAAAGCAAAACAAGUUCAUCAAGAGAGGCUUGGCAACAAGUGUCAGAAAUAACAGCUAAAGCAGGAAGCUCAGAGCUUACAUGAAACAGGGAGCAGAGAGUGGGAACUGGAAGUGGUGUGAGGAUUUUAAUAUCUCAAAAUCCAUCACCAGUGUCAUAUUUCCUAAACUUUUCCAAAUGAUACCAAUAACUGAGAAGUAUUGAUUCUCUGACUUUUAAGCCUGCCUGGUUGCUUUCUGUUAUAUGAACCAAUUCAAGAUAAAGAAAAAAUUCUGUAGGUAAGCCUUUAGAUGCUUCAACAUCUGGGUUACAGGCAUGAAUGCUUACACAAGAAAAAUAGUCCUGAGUGGAAAUGAUUAAUGAUUCACUUUAAUUUUUAUUUUGUUAUGUUAGUGUGUCUUUGGAUAGAUGCAUGUGCUUGGUAGUUCCCAAGAAGGGUAGACCCUGUAGUCUUCUUGAAUUUCUAGCUGAAAUUACAGGAAGUUGUCAAAAACCUCACUGGAUUCUGAGCAGGAACUUUUCUUCACUGCUUGGCCCUGUCUUUAUCCCUGUAAAUAUUUUAAAGCUUUUAUAUAUCAUCUGGACAUUAGGAAAUAGGGAAGAAUUCAUAUACGAGAGAAAUCCUGGACAUGUAAACAAUAUGGUAAAGCCUUUAGACAUCAGAAUUGUCUUCCGUUUCAAGAGAAAAAAAUCUUGUUUCAUCUCUUUGUUACAGAAGAUGCCUUGAAGCAAAUAAAUUGUUUACUAUCUUCACUAAACUCUGAUGGUAGAGGUCACAGUAAUGUGGUUUGUAUUUUGAAACUUUUGGAGUAGGUAUUGAAAUGUUCUGUAUAUGUGGCAAAUUCACUUACUGAAGUUUAUUUGGUGGUUCAUAUAUUCCUUCUUUCACCUCUGUUCAUCUUCUCUUGUGCUUUGACUUGAUGAUGGGUAUUUUUUUGUUGAAAUGUUUAGAAUGAGAUGCCUAUCAUCUAAGGGGUCCCUUGUUUAUUUAAAUAUCUUGCAGUGUAUGAUCAUAAUUUUCAAGUAAAGAUGUCUAUGAAAGGGUGGUGGGUUUUUGUUCCUGAUUUUGUUUUUCACACUUUCACAAAUUCUCUUUAGAUGUUUGUUAUUUAACAUGUUUGUUGUGGAUGUCAGUAAUUCAUCAGCGCUACAUUUGAACUCAUGAUUCUCAUGUGUCAGCCUCCUGAGUACAAGUCCAAGUGUAGAAGAUAUACCCCUAAUAUGUCCUGUUUUGGCAAUGCAUUUUAACAAUGUUAAUGUUAAUGUUAAUAGAAAACAAUAUAAGAAACACUGAAUACCUCA